GGGAGGUGGAGGGGCCCCGGGACCUUUGUAUGCAACUCCACCUUCUCUGCCGUCGGUGGCUAAAGCCAGAAAGGCACACAAAAGCUGAGAUCCUGGACCUGGUGAUCCUGGAGCAGUUCCUGGCCAUCCUUCCCCCGGAGAUGUCCCGCUGGGUGAGGGAAUGUGGAGCCGAGACCAGUUCCCAGGCGGUGGCCCUGGCCGAAGGCUUCCUCCUGAGCCAGGCAGAGGAGAAGAAGAAUCAGGAAGCAGAGCAGGCGACAGGUUUGUUAAACAGCAUGGCUCUUGGACGACCUGAGGCAGAGAAGACUGCCCUGGGGAUCCAACACAAGACAACUUUCAGGAAGACUGUGGAAGACAAUGACAGAGGUGCCUUCUCAUUGGGCGAUGGAUCGCAGCCUCCUCUGUCAAGAGCAGAAACAGUUCCUAUACGACCUGAUCAGGGACCAGUGACCUUCGAGGAAGUGGCUGUGAACUUUAUGGAGGAUGAGUGGACGUUACUGGAUCCAGGUCAGAAGGCCCUGCACAAGGAAGUCAUGGAGGAAAAUGUGGGACAUCUGAUCUCUUUGGGUGAUGGAAGGAAGAUCAAUAAAAGAAUGUUAACUAGGAUGACAAGGGUCGGCGUAUUUAGAAAAGAGCACAGAGGGAAGCCUUUUAAAUGUUCAGAGUGUGGAAAGAGCUUCAGCUGGAGGAUGCAUCUUGUCAUACAUCAAAGAACCCACACAGGAGAGAAACCCUACAAAUGCUCCGAGUGUGGGAAGAGCUUCAGGCAGAGCAGCGCUCUUGCUGCUCACCAAAGGAUUCACACCAGGGAGAAGCCCUAUAAAUGCUCAGAGUGUGGAAAGACUUUUAGACACAAGGGAACCCUUGCGAAACAUCAAAGAACCCACACAGGAGAGAAGCCCUAUAAAUGCUCCGAGUGCGGGAAGAGCUUCAGAGAGAGCAGCCACUUGGCUAACCACCAGCGAACCCACACCGGAGAGAAACCCUAUAAAUGCUCUGAGUGCGGGAAGAGCUUUAGACAGAGCAGCGGACUAACCGUCCAUCAAAGGACGCACACUGGAGAAAAACCAUACACGUGCUCCGAGUGUGGGAAGAGCUUCAGGCAAAGCAGCGCCCUUGCUGCCCAUCAGAGGAUCCAUGCCAGAAAGAAGGCACAGACUUUCAGUACGGAGGAAAGCACUUCAAAAUCAGCAGCACCCUUGUUAACCACCAAAGAGCUUGCAGAAGACAGGAAAGGUGCAUUGUAUGGGAAGAACUUUGGACCCAGCAACAGCCAUGUUGUCCAUUAAAGAACAGGCACAGAAUGGAAAGAGAGAUUCAGAUGCUAAAGGAACUGUGCUGGCAGAGAACCCACCCAGCAGGAAAACUGUAUAAAUGCUGAGAUUGUAGAAACAGUUUUGGGUACUGAGGUAAAUCUGCUGCCCACCAAAGCACUCGGAGAGAAGAAGAAAAAACCAUGAAUUCUCAGUGUGGAAAGAGCUUCCAUCUGUGCUGGAUGGAU